AUGGCUGCAUUGAAGAAGUUGUUCUACACGGACAAGUCUCUUUCUCGUCCAGCCACUAGCCUUGGACUUGAAGGCUGUGCCAUGGACCAAGCUUAUUUUAACACGGCGGUUGAUUCGCCUGCGCGAAGUCACUUUGAGGGUGGUUUCCCGAGCAGAAAUUCGCAAUCACUAGAUGUGUCUCAUCAUUUUGACCAGAUUGAGAAGCAAUUUGAAGAUCUACAUGAUCGACUGGAACGGCCAACUUCUUCUCAAUCCCAAUUACCUCCUAGCACAUCUCAUUUCGCCGCCCCCAAACUCCCAAAUGGCCGAUAUAUCGACUUGAUGGAUGCGCUGGGCUCUUCGCAACGUGACCAAACAACUUCCCCAGAACCCCUCUCUCCCCCAGGCAGCCCAUACAACGAACAUGUUGCGGAACGAAAUAUGACCCGGUUUCUACGGAUACAAUACCGGAAUGGACUGGCCCACUCGCGGAUACUAUCAGCUCUGUACCAAGAAGAUGUGGCAGACAGAAAUAUCGCAAAAUAUCGGGCUCCGGACCGAACUUUGUCAAACCUCAGUUCACGGUCAUCGCCGGCUGCGCCUGGUAGGGUACGGAUCCCAGACAGCCAACGGCGUAAAGGCAGAAAGCGGGAUCCAGGCAAGUCUGCCUGGGUGUCAGCAGAACAACUACGGAGAGGGCCACUCCAAAAUGAUGGCUCGAGCACUUCAAUGCAACGAUCACAAUCCCAUCUUGGCAAUUCUCUUCGGCACCAAAGAUCGGCACCGAGCUUGUCUGGAGACGGAGAGAGCUUUAUCUCACAAGAAGAUGCACCCCCAACUCCUGUUCAGCGCUUGGGCGUUCCUCCUGCCUAUAAACAAGGCAAAAGGUGGAGCAAUACUCCCCUCCCUGAUAGCCCCACGAUUCCUAUCCCCGGGGCCAAGACAGAGGACGCUAGUAAGGUUUCUUCGCCGUCACGAUCACCUGUUCCAUCAUCUUGCUGUUCAUCGGUGGCACCAAGACCACUCUCUCCGCCACCUUCAUUGGGGAAAUGCUCAAAACGGAAUGCGCGGGGGCUCUCAAUUAACACAGAAUUGGCUACUAAAGGACGCCCCAAUAUUGGGCACCGUGCCAUUCAGCCUCCAACGCCAUCAGCCACCGAUGCGAACCAGGCUCCCAACAUCGCAGAAGUGAUGAACAGUCCUCUGCCUGUUGCCAGCCCCAUCACUCCUCCCGAAUCAUCUCCGCGCUUCAAGGCCUCGGAACUGAUGGAAUUUUUCAGCAAGGCUUAUUUGUCCGCCAAGGGUUCUCAUGCAACCUACGAGACCCUGCAGGACGCUAUAAUCCGCGAAAUCAAUUCCCACGAAGCAUUCAAACGAGUGCCCGUACCAGCCCCAGGACCUCCAUUCACCCCAUCGGCGGAGCAAGAUGAGUUCGGCGACAUCUCCAGGCCAGCAACUGGACACCACCGAAGCCACUCGGCGAAACUCAGGCUGAUGAACAGGACCUCAUACAAGCACAAGAGAAAUCCCGAGACCCGCCGCAGCAUCUCAACCAGCGUUGGCUACGACCGACUCCUGCGGAAGGUCUCCGGAGCUGCCCCUCGCCGUCGACACACCGACGCCCCAGCUCCCAGCCCAGGCUUCCUUGCCGAGCUACAGCCUCGCAAAGAGUCAAUCAUCACUCGUCCCGGUUCCGGAGAACCAAUCACCUACAUGGACGUGCUGCACGCAAACGGGGAUCAACAGCCCGUCUCAAUCAACUGCGCAGCUCCCACGUCCCCCAAACGAGGACAUUCAGAAUCAGUGGGUAACCUCGCCACCAUGGCCCGCUGCGCCCCAGAUGUUCCCUUUACCCCGGCCGUAUACUGCAUGCAGGCACACUCAAGCCCAUCGAGCAACGACUCGCUCGACGACAGUGAUGAUGAUAUUAUUCCCCUCCCUAGCCUGAGUAUGCCCCCGCGCGUGCAGAUCGAAGGCGUCGAUGAGAACAACGUCCGCUACGUGAUCGAUGCCGCAUCGGCUGACGAGGCGCAUAAGUUCAUGCACUGGCCUCAGCGUGCUCGUCGCGGUGUUACAUCCAGUCCUUUUGGGAAUAGUCUGUCUCCAUUGUCCCGUGCACGUAUGCAGCUUCGUGGUUCUCGCUCUGUCGAGAGCUACUAG